GAUGUGAGGAGAAAGGAGACAGUAGCCUCAUACCCAGCUGAAUUUCCAAAUGAACCUGAUAGAGUGUCAGUGAAUGAAUAUAAAGGUGGUGCCCUUGAGGAUGGACACUUAAUGAGAGACCGGAUCAAGGAUGGGGACAGUGAGGGGCCUCAAGCACACCUGGGGACUCCUAUUCCAGACUACGGUGGUGAAUGGCAUCCAUGUGGGGAGGUCUCUGAUCAAAGCGCCAACCUCAUUACACGUAAGAGUACACAUUUAGGAGAGAAUCACUCUAAAUAUGACGCAUGUGGGGAAAUACUUAACCCGUCCUCCAGUGCUGGUGGUCAGAAGAGGAUUCAUGUGGGGGAAAGCCCUUACAUGCAUAAAAAAUUUCGGAUGGCCUUUCACCAACUCUCACCUCUUACCGAACAUCACAGAACCCAUACUGGUGAGAAACCCUACCAAUGUCCAGAAUGUGGCAAGGUCUUUACGAAGCACGCACACUUUAUUGGACAUAAAAGAAUCCAUUCUGGAGAGAAACGUUAGCAAUGUGAGUAACGUGCGAAGGCAUUUAUCCAACACUCACCUUAUUAAACAUCACAGAAUUCAUACUAGAUUAAACUCUACAAAUGUGA